AUGUUAGCAAUGUAUAGCGGUCAAAUAGGACCAUUUUCUUCUCGAGACAUUUUACUUUUUUUCAUCAUGUGGGAAUUGGAAUUAAUUCCCGUUUAUCUACUUUUAUCCAUGUGGGGGGGAAAGAAACGUUUGUAUUCAGCUACAAAGUUUAUUUUGUACACUGCAGGAGCUUCUGUUUUUUUAUUAAUGGGAAUUCUGGGUAUUGGUUUAUAUGGCUCUAAUGAACCAACAUUUAAUUUUGAAACAUUAAUUAAUCAAUCAUAUCCCGUGGCACUAGAAAUAAUAUUCUAUACGGCAUUUCUUAUUGCUUUUGCUGUCAAAUCGCCGAUUAUACCCUUACAUACAUGGUUACCAGAUACCCACGGAGAGGCGCAUUACAGCACUUGUAUGCUUUUAGCCGGAAUCUUAUUAAAAAUGGGAGCAUAUGGGUUGGUUCGAAUUAAUAUGGAAUUUUUUUCCCACGCUCAUUCCAUAUUUUGCCCCUGGUUAAUGAUAUUAGGUUGUAUUCAAAUAAUCUAUGCCACUGCAACAUCUUUUGGUCAACGGAAUCUAAAAAAAAGAAUCGCUUAUUCUUCCGUAUCUCAUAUGGGUUUUAUAAUUAUAGGAAUUGGUUCUAUAAGUGAUACUGGUCUCAACGGGGCCAUUUUACAAAUAAUAUCUCAUGGAUUUAUUGGCGCUGCCCUUUUUUUCUUGGCAGGAACUAGUUAUGAUAGACUGCGUCUUCUUUAUCUUGACGAAAUGGGCGGAAUGGCUAUCCCAAUGCCAAAAAUAUUCACUAUUUUCACUAUCUUAUCAAUGGCUUCUCUUGCAUUGCCUGGCAUGAGCGGUUUUGUUGCAGAAUUGAUAGUUUUUUUUGGAAUAAUUACUAGUCAAAAAUAUCUUUUCAUGAUGAAAAUACUAAUUACUUUUGUAACAGCAAUUGGAAUGAUAUUAACUCCUAUUUAUUUAUUAUCUAUCUUACGGCAAAUGUUCUAUGGAUACAAGUUUUUUAAUACAUCAAACUCUUCUUUUUUUGAUUCUGGGCCCAGAGAAUUAUUUAUUUCUAUUUCUAUCCUUAUACCCAUAAUAGGUAUUGGUAUUUAUCCAGAUUUCAUUUUCUCAUUUUCGGUUGACAAGGUUGAAGCUAUUCUAUCUCAUUUUUGA